CCCGGAAACACCAGUUCGUGGUCUGCAUGCCGGAGGAGACGUGUUGGGGCCGGGUUCGGCCCUCGUGAACUCUGACCCAGGCAUAAGAGUUUCUCUUCCCGGGACAAGAUGGCGCCGUCCGCGCCGCUCCUGACAGUCCGAGGAUCAGAAGGACUGUACCUGGUGAACGGACCACCACAUUUUACAGAAAGCACAGUGUUUCCAAGAGAAUCUGGGAAAAACUGCAAAGCUUAUACCUUUAGUAAGGAUGGGACCUUAUUUGCCUGGGGCAACGGAGAAAGAAUAAAUGUCAUCAAUGUCACUACCAAGGAACUGCUGCACUCCUUCGACCUUCCAAAGGCAGUUUGCCUUGAAUUCUCACCAAAAAACACUAUCCUGGCAACAUGGCAGCCUUACACUACUUCUAAAGAUGGCACAGCUGGGAUACCCAACCUACAACUUUAUGACAUGAAAACUGGGACAUGUUUGAAGUCUUUCAUCCAGAAAAAAAUGCAAAAUUGGUGUCCAUCCUGGUCAGAAGAUGAAACUCUUUGUGCCCGAAAUGUUAACAAUGAAGUUCACUUCUUUGAAAACAACAAUUUUAACACAAUUGCAAAUAAAUUGCACUUGAAAAAAAUUAAUGAUUUUGUAUUAUCACCUGGACCCCAGCCCUACAAGGUGGCUGUCUAUGUUCCAGGGAGUAAGGGUGCACCUUCAUUUGUUAGAUUGUAUCAAUACCCCAACUUUGAUGGACCUCAUGCAGCUUUAGCCAAUAAAAGUUUCUUUAAGGCUGAUAAGGUUACAAUGCUAUGGAAUAAAAAAGCUACUGCUGUGUUGGUCAUAGCUAGUACAGAAGUUGACAAGACAGGAGCGUCCUACUACGGGGAACAGACACUGCACUACAUUGCAACAAAUGGAGAGAGUGCUGUGGUGCAAUUACCAAAAAAUGGCCCCAUUUAUGAUGUAGUUUGGAAUUCUAGUUCUACUGAGUUUUGUGCUGUUUAUGGCUUCAUGCCAGCCAAAGCAACAAUUUUCAACCUGAAAUGUGAUCCUGUGUUUGACUUUGGAACUGGUCCUCGUAAUGCAGCCUACUACAGCCCUCAUGGACAUAUAUUAGUACUAGCUGGAUUUGGAAAUCUAAGAGGACAAAUGGAAGUGUGGGAUGUUAAAAACUACAAACUUAUUUCUAAACCAGUGGCCUCUGAUUCUACAUAUUUUGCCUGGUGCCCAGAUGGUGAGCAUAUUUUAACAGCCACAUGUGCUCCCAGAUUACGUGUUAAUAAUGGGUACAAGAUUUGGCAUUAUACUGGCUCUGUCCUGCACAAGUAUGAUGUACCAUCAAAUGCAGAAUUAUGGCAAGUUUCUUGGCAGCCAUUCCUAGAUGGAAUCUUUCCAGAAAAAUCGAUAACUUACCAAGCAGUUCCAAGUGAUGUACCCAGUGAAGAACCUAAAGUUGCAACAGCUUACAGACCCCCAGCUUUAAGAAAUAAACCAGUCACUAAUUCCAAACUGCAUGAGGAGGAACCACCACAGAAUAUGAAACCACAACCAGGAAAUGAGAAACCGUUAUCAAAAACUGCCCUUAAAAAUCAAAGGAAGCAUGAGGCUAAGAAGGCUGCAAAGCAGGAAGCGAGAAGUGACAAGAGUCCAGAUAUGGCACCUUCUCCUGCCCCACAGAACACACCACGAAAUACUGUCUCUCAUUCAACUUCUGGAGACCCUGAGAUAGACAAAAAAAUCAAGAACCUAAAGAAGAAACUGAAAGCAAUCGAACAACUGAAAGAACAAGCAGCAACUGGAAAACAGCUAGAAAAAAAUCAGUUGGAGAAAAUUCAGAAAGAAAAAGCCCUUCUCCAGGAGCUGGAAGAUUUGGAACUGGGUAUUUAAAGAUUCAUAGGAAGCAAGUUAGUUACCAGAAAUCAAUACAAAAUCACACUUUCUGUUAAGCUCAUUGGUGUACAUGCAAUAUCCAUGUGCUCACAUUUAAUAUUCACUUAUAAUUUUAACCAUUAAUCCAAGAUUCUGCAUAUAUGUGAAAUUAUUAAUAAUGGUCUGUUAAAUUGGCUUUUACAUCCUGCAUCCUAUAUCAUGUCAACACAUGAUAUAGAAAAGAAACAUUUUUUUUUAAGCUAAGCUCGACAGAUUGAAAGACCAGUGUCAUUGCUUUUUAGUAGGGGACAGUCUUUAACAUAUAAAUGAAUAAAGACAUUUUAAAUAUAA